AUGGAGGAUUCUUUUACUUUGGUCCUUAAUGAAAAUCGCAUAAACGUAGAUAAAGGGAAGCUUGCGAGUAAAAGCCUCUAUUUUGCGGCACUUUUCUCGCAUAAUUUUAGCGAUUCGUCUAGCAAGGAACACAUUAUUAAUUAUGACAUUGAUUUAUGGACUUUGCAGAGUUUUGUCAAUUGGAUUCACGAUGACGAUCAUCUUUUUAAUAUAAAUUGUCAUUCUAGAAAAGGUUCUAUGAUACAGUUUUUGAAGAAUAAUUUUGUAGAAUUACUAAAUUUGUUACAAUUGAGCACAUUAUUUGUGGUUGGAGAAUUAACAAAUGAAAUUGUAGAGAUAAUAGUAUUACAUUGGCUGUCACCAGAGAAAGUAAUCGAUAUAUGGGUAUUGUCACAAAAAUUGGGCAUAAAAGUAUUACAAGAUAUUUGUCUGUCUGUUUGUUUAGACCGUUUUAAAGCACUACCUGCAUUUGCACUCAUGAAACUGAGCAAUGAUAAUAUCAUUCAACUACUAGAAAGUGUCAAUAUAACAUUUAGGGUAGGGCGUAUGUAUGAUGCAAUGACAUCGAAACAUUUAAGCGUGAAUGUUGUACAAGAGAGGCAACCCAAGUUUAUACAAGGUACAAUCGUCUAUGAAAAGUACCCAGAUGCCACCAAGGUAGCACACUUAUACACUUGGGAUGGUAGUACUUUAUCUAAACAUGUGCAAUUAAAAACUAUACAAGAGUCAAGAAAACAUUUCAUUGGAAUGCAGGUUGCUAGUAGAGGGUACAGUGUAUAUGUAAUUGGAGGAGAAAUGGGAUUAGGAUCUGGAAUCUUUAAUGAUAUUAUCUGGCGUUAUUGCCUUUUAUCCAAGAAGUGGUACUUUCAAGACAAAUUGCCAAUGUCAAGGAGGCAUAUGAUUGCUGCAUUUAUAGAAAAUAAAUUGUACAUAGUAGGUGGUUCGGGGAGGCAUAGGCGUUUGUUAAAUCGUGUUGAUAUUCUUGAUAUUCACACAGGUAAGUGGAAAAAAGGCGCGGAUAUUCCUGAAUAUGUAUCGGAUACUCCUCCUCAUUGCGUCCUGAAUGGAAAACUAUUUGUAUUGAGUUCGUACGUUUACAUUUAUUACCCGGAAGACGAUUGUUGGCAGAGCGUAUUUCGAAUUUAUCCUAUCGAUCAUGCAGUGGAUGCGUUUCUCACGCCUGUUUCAAUAUUAUUUUUCACCGGUGAUGAUUCACGCGGAAAGGUACUUUCGAGAAUCGAUGUUGUAAAAGAUUUUGUUUGUCAGGGGGAAGAAUGCCUGAAAGGACAGGUAAAGGACAAUACGAUAACCGAAAUGGAUAUCGUACAUGAGGAUGAUUUUUGUGAAUUGAGGUAUGCGAAGGUCGCUGGUGCCGGUAUAAUGGUAGUAAAUACGAACUGCGAUGAGAAAUAUGAAUAUUUGCGUUUGCAUAGUGAAAAAAGAAAGGAUUUUGAAAAUUGUUUUAUUCCGAAGUUUGGUUGUUUCAAUAUUAUGGAUCCGAAUGCCUUGUACGAUACGGUGUAA